GGCUGCUCCAGGCAGCCCUAAGAAAAGCUUUUUAUGAGGUAAAAAGUGAAGACUUCAAGGGCAGCAGCAGGGGUAAAUGUCUUCUGACAUUCUCUGCCGCAGCUCCAGCUCUCCCCAGCGGCGCUGUACACUACCAAGCCCUGGUUGCUGGGUACCUACAGCGGAGGCUCCGGUUUACUUCACGUUAGGCACACACGGCUGGGGCUCUCCAGGAUCGCGUGGCCGUGCUUCGGGAGGUGGAAUUAUUUUGGAAUAUGAAAAAGGUGGUGAGCUGAAGACCAAGUCCAUUGAUUUACUGGAACUCUCUCCCAAGACUGAUGUGGACCUGCUAGUAAAAGAAAUUCAGAAAGCUGAGCCUCUAAUCACGGCCUCCCGCACCCAGCAAGUGAAGCAUCUCAUUCUAAGGCUGCAGGAGAAGAUAGGGCAGCAAGAUCACCACAAGUUCUAUCUAUUCAAGGUACUCAGAGCGCACAUUUUACCGCUUACCAAUGUGGCUUUUAAUAAAUCUGGUUCCAGCUUCAUUACAGGCAGUUAUGACAGAACAUGCAAAGUGUGGGACACGGCCUCAGGAGAAGAGUUACACACACUGGAAGGCCAUCGAAACGUGGUUUAUGCUAUCCAGUUCAACAACCCCUAUGGAGAUAAAAUAGCCACAGGAUCUUUUGAUAAAACCUGCAAAUUAUGGAGUGCAGAGACAGGGAAAUGUUACCACACAUUCAAGGGACACACUGCAGAAAUAGUUUGUUUAGCAUUCAAUCCUCAGAGUACCCUGGUGGCGACUGGAAGCAUGGACACUACAGCAAAACUGUGGGACGUAAAGAGUGGGGAGGAGACCCUUACAUUGAGUGGGCACUCUGCAGAAAUAAUUUCUCUCUCAUUUAACACGACUGGAGACCGGCUGAUCACAGGCUCCUUUGAUCACACAGUGGCUGUAUGGGACAUUCCUUCUGGCAGGAAGGUUCACACCCUCAUAGGUCACCGUGGAGAGAUCAGCAGUGCACAGUUCAACUGGGACUGCUCCCUAGUAGCUACAGCCUCAAUGGAUAAGUCCUGCAGGCUGUGGGAUGCCCUGAGUGGGAAAUGUGUGGCCACUCUGACUGGGCAUGAAGAUGAGGUGCUGGACGUUGCAUUUGAUUCUACUGGACAGCUGGUAGCUACAGCUUCUGCUGAUGGAACAGCCAGAGUGUACAAUGCAGUCAGCAGGAAGUGCAUAGCCAAGUUAGAGGGACAUGAUGGUGAGAUUUCCAAGAUUUGUUUUAAUGCUCAGGGCACCCGCCUCUUAACAGCUAGCUCAGAUAAGACGUCACGCCUGUGGGAUCCACACACGGGGCAGUGCAUGCAGGUGCUGGAAGGGCACAUGGAUGAGAUUUUUUCCUGUGCUUUCAACUAUGAAGGAAAUAUUAUCAUUACGGGGAGCAAGGACAACACUUGUAGAAUAUGGCGUUAGUUGAUUAUUUAUUCUGUACAGCCACCGACAGGCUCAAAAAGUGGAAUAGCCAAAAUGUGAUGGACAUAAGGAAUGUUAUCCUAAUUCUUUGUGGACGGCCCCAACAACCUCCCUCUUCGUGAUCCAAGUUACAUUCACAAAGUGUUCCAGUGACGUGUUUCCUGCACUAGUAGAAUUUAUUGACUUUGCUUAUUGUUAUUGUAUAUUAAUGCUGUGAUUUUACAUAGUUCAUUGUUUUUUUUUAAUUAGU